AUGGUCUUCUGCCUGGAUCUUAAAAUGGCUCGUCAAAUCUCAGCUUCUAACAAUCGCAGAGUAUUUAUAGUUGGAGUAGCAGGCUUUUUAUCAGCAACGUUGAUAUUUAUAGUCGCUGGUGGUGCUACGUGGCUGGAUGAUGCAGUUUUUAAACCUCAAGUACGGCAAGGUGACUACGGGAGCAUGAAACUUGACCGUAACAACGGACGUCACAUUAAGCCUACCGUAUACCGGGCUGUAUCAUCGGGAGUAAUUGGUGAUGGGAAGAUCAAGGUGACGGAACCCACCACAUUGCGAGACGAAACAGCAAUUCCUCGUAUCGAUUUUCCUCAAACCCAGAACAAACCCAGGACAACCGAAGAUACUCCAAGCGGUGCGAAGAUUAUUAUCUUAGCAUCAAUGAGAACUGGAUCUUCCUUCGUUGGUGAGAUGUUCGGCCAAAAUAGUGACAUUUUCUACCUUUUUGAACCCGGCUUUGCAAUUCAGACCACUCUCCAUCAACGAGGUGCUGUAUUCUUACAGCCGCUUUACAUUGAUUUGUUGGACAGCAUUUAUCAAUGUCACUUGACUGGGUAUGAAUAUUAUUCAAAAUGGUUAUCGAGGCUGGUUCCAAAACAAAUUUUAAAGAAAGCCCCAGCGAUGUACAGAGAGCUGUGCUUCAAGUCCAAAAAUUCUUCUCACUGUGGGAAAGUUACACCUCAGCAUUUCAUGCAAACAUGUAUGGAUUUGAAGAAAGUUGCGAUCAAAUCAAUUCGUAUCUCUGAUAUUGGAAGUCUGUUACCGUUGAUCAAAGACAAGACGAUCAAUCUGAAAGUGAUUCAUCUCGUUCGUGAUCCGAGAGGGAUGAUCGCUUCGCGGGUGCUUGCCAUGAACGAAGUCAAGAAAACGAUGGACAAAGUGGAAUCAUUUACGGACGGAACGAGGGCAGCACUUACCAAUUAUUGUUGGAACAAUUUGCACAACACGGACGUGGGGAAGAACCUGCCCAAAUUCCAAAACAACUAUUUACUCCUGAGGUACGAGGAUGUCUCUUUGGAUCCACACGAAGCGGCUCGACGUAUCUAUAAUUUCACUGGUCUUGGUGCUGUUCCUGGGAACGUGUCCAGGUGGAUUCAAGAACACACGAGUGCUCACGUAGCCGGGACUUACUCAACCUCACGAGUGUCAAGUCAAGUCUACCAAUCUUGGCGCACUAGACUCAGUUUCCCAACUGUUAAAACCAUUGAGGAAGUUGGAACCUGUUCUCAAAUGAUGCAAAGAUUUGGCUAUCUCCCAGCUAAAGAUCAAGAACAUCUGACUAAUCUAAACAUCUCCCUUUUAUUUGACAAAGUGCCGGAUGUCAAUCGGGAUAUGUACGUUUUAUGA